CUUGUAACUUUUAUUAUUAUUAUUGUUUUUAUUUUUCUUCAUCCGUUGCUUUUACCCUGCGCACAACGCAUAUAGCCAUGGACACCACCACAGCCCUGAUGCCCUCGGCCCUGCCAUCAGCGCGGUUCUUUAUCCCGACAUCCGAGUACUACCACCCGGCCAUCCGGAAAGACCAGGUGCAAAGCAUGUCGGUGCAGAAGCUGCACGCAAUACGCCAGCACCAACGCUCGACGCACCGCCCGGCGGACCUGCGCAAGACGGUUCUGGUCUACAACGUCUUCAAGGCCACGAUGCCCGAGGCAGCUCUGGACGGCAGCGAUAAUGCCUCCGUACAAACAGUGGCGGCAGUCUCCGACAAUGACAUGGACAUGGCACUGCAGCCUGCCGGCACUAUGAACAAUCCCCAGCCAUUAGUAGUGCCCAAAAUGGACUGCGAGGAAGAAAUCAGCGCAGCCAUGGACGUUGAUAUCCAGACUGACCACGACGACAUGGUUCGAAUUGAUGACACGCAUGAGGCCGCAGCUGAGGCCGAGCGCUCCUGGUUCGACCGGUGCAUCGACAGCAUGCUGACAGACGAGGAGCCCGAGCCGCACGGCCAGUUUCCACACCUUCUAAGCCCCGAAGACUACGACUACGACGAUGAUUUUGAAGACGAGGACGAGGAAUUCGACGCCUUCGCGUACGGGCCCGGUGGGCAGCGCGCAGGAAUUUCCGGCUACGGCACCAUCUACAGCCAGCCUGGGACACCGAUGCUAAAGCACAGCCGGUCAUCGACAUCAAUCCAGUCGCUAUACAUGCUAGAGCGCGAUGGCAAUGUCGACGCCCAUGGCGCCCAUGACGCAGCAGAGCGGGACACCGCGGCCAAUCAGCCUCGGUAUCAGCAGGGGAUCGGCCGUGUGGUCAUCCCAGCUGCUCGUGGUUCUGCAGAUUCCCGCAGUGACAGCUGGCAGGAGUCAAGUGUUCCAGGGCCAUGCGGGCAGUCGGGAGUGGCAUGAUUACGCCGACUUCUUCACUGUGGGCUCGCUGUCGUUGGAAAAGCGCUCGCCGGUGUAUUGAGCCCAGACACAUACAUGCACCAUGCACUGCUAGCAGUGCAUGGUAACGUCGACUAAGGAGGAGUGCUGGCGUCGGCAUUCGUCGAGGCUAGUAGCUAUUACAAAAAAAGCCUUCCCCCAGCAACCCAAAAACACUAUCUGCAUCCUCCUCUUUCAACAUCCCUGCAUCCUAUGUCUGCUUUGUACCUAUUUCUUUUGUAAUUUUCCAACCCCCUCUAACAUUAACACCAGCUAAACAUAUUGGAGC